AUGGAGGGGAAAACUAAGCAGAAGAAAAGUUAUAAAAUAUGUAAAAUGCGCGAUGACAACGAUGUACAGAAACGUACAUAUUCGGAAAUUUUAUAUAAGAAGAAAUUCUCAACUCCUAUGAAGAAGAGACGGAAGAACACUUAUAAUCCUCAAGAGGAAGCUAGGUUAGAAAGGGAAGUUUUUGGCGAUUCCAACAAUUUUAUAAAGAAUUUGUUAAAAGAAGAAUCCACGACAGAAGUAAAAGACGAACCUACCGAUACUUAUAAUGAAAAUCUGGUAAGUGAUGAGGAAAUCGAAUCAAAUGAUGACGAUUCUUCUGUGGUGAACACUGAGGAUGCUGGCUCAGAAGAAAAGAAAGCAGCUUGGGACGACGAUGACGAUAAUAAUUAUACUGUAGAUGCAGCUCUGGAUGCACAAAAUCGCAAGUUAACAUGUAAAAGACCAGAGAAAUUGUAUACCACAUAUUUGAAAAAUCAUUAUGAAGUAUUUGUGGGUACUCCAAAAUGGGCUAAACUUGGGACAACCACUAUAAAUGAAGAUGAUGAUGAUGAUUCAGAUGUCUUAAAGCAUUGUCAGUUUUUGGACUAUUCAAAACCUAUGCGCUUACCAAAAGAUAUAAUUGAUGUGAAACAACUCUCAUCUCUGAAUAAGAGCAAUCAUGUGCAAGGUCAUGUUGUCACGAGUGUAGAAUUCCAUUCAAAAUACACACUCGCUCUGGUCGCUGGCACAUCGGGUGUUGUUUCUCUUUUCGAGGUUGAUGGCCAUACAAAUAAACAUGUGUUCACUGUAUUAAAUGAGAAAACUCCAGUUAGUAAAGCAGUUUUUAUGAAAGAAGGACAAGAAAUUUUGAUUGGAUCUCAUUAUUACAAAUAUUUUAAUACUUUUGAUAUAACAAAGAGACAGGUGCUUAAUAUACCUCUGCCAUAUGGAAUUACGAACACAAAGGAUUUCGAGGUAUCUCCUAACAGUAAUUACAUAGCAUUAUGUGGAAGAAAAGGUGAAAUCUUCUUACUAGAUGGUACCACAAAAGAGCUGAUUAGCAGAUUCAACAUGAACUCGAAAUGCAGAACGUUAGCGUUCACACCAGAUAAUAAAAAUCUCAUCUCACAUGGUGACGGCGGUGAAAUGUACAUAUGGGAUCUGAAUAGUCGUGUGUGCGUCCAUCGUGCCAUUGACGAUGGGUGUUUAUCUGGCACUUCACUCGCCGUGUCCCCAAACGGCCAAUUUGUAGCAACAGGCAGUGCGCAAGGUGUGGUAAAUCUCUAUAAGACAAACACGUUAUUAGAGAAGCGAAAUCCUACUCCUGUAAAAGUGAUCAUGAAUCUUGUUACCGGUAUUACAAGCUUGAGAUUUAAUCGUACUUGUGAGAUAUUGGCUAUGGCAUCGGACAAGAAGUGCAAUGCCUUCAGGAUGAUGCAUGUACCGUCACUUCGCGUAUUCGCGAAUUUUCCAGCGCAUCAUACCGACAUGGGUAUGCCACAAUCAAUCAAUUUCUCUCCGGGAAGUGGCUAUCUUUCAAUUUCAAAUAAGACUGGUGCUGCCUUGUUGUAUAAAUUACGAUAUUACGAUAGAUAUUGAUAGUGUAAGAAUAUGCAAACAUUUAUGUGAAAUGUAAACUAUAUAUUUCCACUUCGUUUUGUUUUUUAUUAAAUUGCAUAGAGAAAGAUGUAUAUAAGUAAUUUUUCAUAGUCUAUAUGUCAUUAAUAUAAUGAAUAAUUGUAAUAAAUACACAUAAUAUAGUAUCAUACACGUAAAAUUGUAAGAUACAAAGAAAAUGUAACUAGUAUAUUGUGUAUGUGUUUAAGCAAAAUGAAAAAUCAAAUUUCCAUAGGUUUUAAAAACCAAAUUAUUUACGCAUUAUAUCUUACAUUGUCGCGCUUUAGUUUGCUAUUAUUUCAUAUAUUUUAAAUGUAUAAAAGAUAAAUUUGCUUUACUUUCAUAAAGUAUAGAAUACGAUUAUAAUUUUGUUACGUUAAACUUGUAUGAAGAAACUAUAUAUUUCAGAAAUUAAUUAUAUUAAAAUUAUAUAAAUAUCGAAUGCAUUAAAUCUUCGGUAUUUUUCAAAUUGUACAGGCAAUACAAUCUCGUGGAAAUGCUCAUAUGUGCCGUAUUAAUUAUAAUUUCUCUGAUCUAUUUAAUAAAAAUAAAUCUUACUGUACAAAGCGGUGUACAGUUAAAUUGGUUCACAAAUUUUUACACUUAUGUGACACAGACCUUGCAUACAUUGCACAAUCGUGCUAUUCAUUUUACACGUAUAACUGGAAAUAUUUUAUAUUUCUAUUAGCAUCUAUAUAUACUGUUGGUACUCUAAAUAUUAGUAAGGGUUAACAUUACGCGGAAGAAAUUUAUAUAAGUAAAAUAAAUUUAAAUAUAAACUCUAGAUAUAUAUAUUAGUAUUAAAGAAAAGUAAGAUGACAUAAUAUGUAACACACAUGUAAUGAUGUGAGAUGCAUGUAAAAUGUGACAUCCGAGUUUGCGAAUUCUGCAUCAGAAAUGCAGAAUUGUAGAGAUUGCCGUCUUUGGUUGUGUAUUGUUUGCAUAUUCAUUGAGGAACAAUUCGUUCAAGAUGUCAUGUGUAUUUCAAGUGAUGCAUAAUGUUAUGUGUGAAUACAUAACCCUGGUUCUUUUCUCAUAACUGGGACAAUCGCUAAUAUGUAUAUAUCAGCAUAUAAAAAUGUAUUAACUUCGAGACUUUUCAAGGUUGCGGCGCAUUUUCAGAAAUAUCAAUGAUUAUAUUUACACGACAGCCCAAUACAGAGCUUUAGUGAUA